AUGACGGGAGCGCAGCGAGGCGCGCCCCACCCCGGCGGAGGGGACGGUUUUCAGCUGGAAGUGGUGGAGGGUGGAAGACAGCUAGGACUCAACGCCACCCGGGAGUGUGGGGAGCUGGAUGAGAGCGGGAAAUUGGCAGACCAGAGUCUAGGCGGGUGGACGCGACGGGAGGCGCCGAAGGAUCCGCGUGGGGUCCCGGGGUGUCUCGGCCGUGCCCGGUCCCGUGGCCGCCCGCAGUCCCCCGGGCUCCGCCCCGCCGCGCUGCCCGGCCCCUCUUCGGCCAGCCGCGCGCGUCUCAUUCCAGCGCCCAUUCCGUGCAUUCCUGCCGGGCUCCUCUGCAAACUCCAGCCUCGGAGGUGGGGACCGCCGCAGCUCCGCGCUCCGGCCCCUGCAGCCGUCGCUGCUGCUGGAAGACUUGGCGCCCCGUGCGGACCUGCUGCAACCAGCCGAGCGCUCCUACCCUGCCUCCCGCACCCUGGGACCGGUCCAACGGGCGCUCCUCCAAGCCGAGCCUUGGAGGGCAAGGCCGGCAUCAUUACCUCCAACGAGUGGAGCUCUCCGGACUCCCCCGAGGGGAGCAGCAUCUCUGGGGGCAGCCAGGCACUGGACAAGCCCAUCGACAAUGAUGCAGAGGGUGUGUGGAGUCCCGAUAUCGAGCAAAGCUUCCAGGAGGCAUUGGCCAUUUACCCACCCUGCGGCCGCCGCAAAAUCAUCCUGUCGGACGAAGGCAAGAUGUACGGUCGGAAUGAGCUGAUUGCACGCUACAUCAAGCUCCGCACAGGGAAGACCCGCACCAGGAAGCAGGUCUCCAGCCACAUCCAGGUGCUUGCCCGCCGAAAAGCCCGGGAGAUCCAGGCCAAACUCAAGGACCAGGCAGCUAAGAACAAGGCCCUGCAGAGCAUGGCUGCCAUGUCGUCCGCACAGAUCGUCUCCGCCACAGCCUUCCACAAUAAAAUGGCUCUUGCCCGGGGCCCUGGCUACCCAGCAAUCUCAGGGUUUUGGCAAGGAGCUUUGCCAGGCCAACCUGGAACAUCCCACGAUGUGAAACCUUUCUCUCAAAACGCUUAUACUGUCCAGCCUCCGCUGCCUCUGCCAGGCUUUGAGUCUCCUGCAGGACCCACCCCGUCGCCCUCAGCACCGCCAGCCUCCCCAUGGCAAGGCCGCAGUGUGGCCAGUUCCAAGCUCUGGAUGUUGGAGUUCUCUGCUUUCCUGGAGCGCCAGCAAGAUCCUGACACAUACAGCAAGCACCUGUUUGUGCACAUCAGCCAGUCGAGCCCAAGCUACAGUGACCCCUACCUCGAAGCCGUGGACAUCCGCCAGAUCUAUGACAAAUUCCCAGAGAAGAAGGGGGGCCUCAAGGAGCUAUUUGAACGGGGGCCCUCGAACGCCUUCUUCCUUGUGAAGUUCUGGGCAGACCUCAAUACUAACAUCGACGAUGAGGGCAGCACCUUCUAUGGGGUGUCCAGCCAGUACGAGAGCCUGGACAACAUGAUCAUUACUUGUUCUACUAAGGUCUGCUCCUUCGGCAAGCAAGUGGUGGAGAAAGUUGAGACAGAGUAUGCUCGCUAUGAGAACGGCCACUAUCUGUACCGCAUCCACCGGUCCCCGCUCUGUGAGUACAUGAUCAACUUCAUCCACAAGCUGAAGCACUUACCCGAGAAGUACAUGAUGAAUAGCGUGUUGGAGAACUUCACCAUCCUACAGGUGGUCACCAAUCGAGACACGCAAGAGACCUUGUUAUGUGUUGCCUAUGUCUUCGAAGUGUCAGCCAGCGAACACGGGGCUCAGCACCACAUCUACCGGCUUGUGAAAGAAUGACAGACUUGCAGAAUGAUGGUGGGGGGACAAAUCCAGGAAACGGGGACCUGGGAGGGAACCUUCAGGGAUAGUCCCCGGAAGUGCCAAGAGAGCUGAGCGGAGGAACCAACUGCCUGAUCUUGCAGUGCCCAACCCCCAAUAAACCCGAGGUGUCAAGUGUUUUCAGAGGAACUGGUCUGACUGUGUGAGCCCAGAAGGGCAAGGGAGAAGGGGGCACCAGGAGGCAAGCUGGAAGCAAGCCCAGAGAUGCCCCAUGGUCCUGGAGCCAGAACCCCAGUGGACUCAGCCAGACACCAAAGCUCAAGACCCAGUGGCCCCUCCUCAGCUGCUGGAACCCUACACUCUGCUGCUGGUCACACUCGUGGCCUAAGGACAGAUGGCACGUGCGUCACACACCCAGAGAAUGCAAUGCGUGACCGCGUGUACUGUCAGGCGCAUGGCUGCCCGAGGAUAGCUAUAGCAGAAGGCCCCACCCCUGCUAACAGGGCUGGGUUUAGGUUUGGCUGGAGACUGGGUAAGAUUUACUCAGGUGGCCCCCACAGUGGCCUUGCAGGGGUCAGUGGUUCUAGGCUUAGGCAAGGCUUGGAGGUAGGGAGUCCCGCUUCAGGGCCAUCGUUUCCAGCUGCUUGACCCUGUCAAGCUCCUCAGCUUCUCUCUAAGUCCCUUUUCCUCUCUGCUCAGCACUGGUGAGGAGGAGCUGCUGGGUUGGGGUGGCACACGUGGUAGGGGUAUCUGAGUUUUAGGAAAGCUAGGGCUAUGAAAAGAAACCCCGUCUCCAAAACAAAACAACCCCCCCCCCAAAAAAAAAACAACAACAGAGUAACUGGGCACAGUGCCAGUUAAAUGAUCUGACUCUCAGCCCCUUGCUUCCUUCCCUCUGGAGAGCCUGCGUCUGGCUCUCUGCUGCCCUCUCCUGGCUUUCUGGUGUCCGCUUCCCUAGUUGGAGCCAGUUUCUAGUAACCGGGAGCCUCAGGAAGAAAGAUUCAACCUGGACUUGUUUGUGUGUGCCCAGAACUCAGGGAUGUAUCUAUGGGGAUGCAAAAAUGGGCAGGGCAGCAUUGAGGGGAUGCUACAGCGGUGAGGAGCCAAAGGAUCUGAAAUCAGUCUAGCGUGACCUUGAUGUGCAACCUGUGGUGUGUCAAUGUCAUGGUGCCUCAGUUUCCCCAUCUGUAAAAUGGGUAUAACAUUCACCUACCUCGUGUAUGAUCAGUGCCUCAUGAAGUGCUGAGCACAUCCACAUAUGCAAUAAAUAUAUAUUGGUACUAACCAUGGGAGCUGCCGCUCCUGCUGAGGAGCCAGACGGGGGAGCUAUACACUGGAGUGGGGUGAUCCUACAGCAACUGCCCUUCAGAUAGGAGGGAACCAGGGGUCUCAGGGAAGAGGUAGCCUUUGAGGGAACAAGUUCGGAUAUUUAUUGAUGUUAUUGCUGUUUAAUUUUGGUGCCGGGGGCAGAAGACCUCAGGGCUUGGAAUGGGUGGAGUGACUGUGCCAGAAAUAUGCAAAUUAAGCAUAUGGGAGGAGUCUGGCUGCAUCUCAGAUGAAGAAGACAGACAAGCCACCCAGUCUUUCUGUGGCCCCCAAAUUCCCGUUUAACCCAUACCUCUCCACCAUGGUAGGAUGGUGGCUAGAACCAGACCUGCUCCCUGCUGCACUGUGUAGGUCCUGCUGUCAGAGGGGGGUCAAGGGUCCUGAAAAGACUACUGCAUCCCUGGACCUAUGAUGAGGACUCCCCCUCACAUGCAGGCCUGUGUUUGUACCCCCAUCUUACCCCCACCCCCACCCCCAUGUAUGUUGCCUGGCCAGGCUGCAGCAUUCUUGAAAAGUCCCAGACUCAGACAUUUCAUUGUGGACAGCCUCUAGGGACAUGAAGGACACACAAUCUUUUCCUCUGGGAAGCAGGCCAGUCCAGAUGUUGGGUCCCAGUGUGGAUCAUGAGUUUUUCCUGUGUGACCUGACCUCAGUGGCCUAAUGGAGAGUCACCAUAGAAGACAGUAAUCUUAGUUGCCUCUCACUUGAGCCGGCAUGGCGUUUGACUAGGGCACCCUCAUCCCCGUUGUACCAGUCUCGCUGAUGGUUCUGUGCUGGUGCCAUUGUUUAUUUAGAUGAGCUCGCCCUCUCUGGUCUGGGCUACUACCUCCAGUAAUCCUCCUGCCUCAGCUUCCUGAGGAGCUGAAGUCCUAUUUUAAGGAUUAAGAAAGUGAGACCCCGAGAGAGCUUAAGGAAGUUGCUUGGGUUGUUGGUGUAUUUUCUGUUUGCUUUGUGAGUAGUUGUUUAAUUUCUGAGAUGUGGCAGGCUCUGGGAGUGUGUCCAUGAGCAAAACAGCCAGGGUGACUCUGAGCUGACUGGACUAAGGAAGGGGUGACUGGACGCAAGUUAAAGAGACUUGUAGGCAGUGGGAAAUGCUGGGGUUGGGAGGGCACCAAGGUUAGCUUCAUAGGGGAGGCUGCCGAGGCCCAGAAUCUACACUGACUCUUGAGCCACAGUAGAUCCGAAAGAACACUGGAGACAGGGAGGGGAUGGGUGUGCCCCAGGGGUAUGCCAGGUGACAGAACUUGGACAUACCCCAGCCAGCACCCCAGGUAGAUGCCAGGUAGGUGGUGUCUCUUGUGUCACCUGCACUCCACGGGUGGAUGUACACUCUGGAGUUCUCACCCGGUGGGAGCAAGGCCUGGAGGUGUUAAGCAAGGGAGUGCAUUCCUUUGAUACUAUUUUUAGAGAACAGCCCUAGAGUCUUUGGAGUCUACAAAGGAGCAGGUGUGAUUGUUGCUCUUGAACCCACCCAGCAUGCUUCCCUGGGCAUUUGGGGGAACCCAUCCAGCAAUGCUUCCCUGGGCAUUUGGGGGUGAACCCACCCAGCAAUGCUUCCCUGAACAUUUGGGGGUGAUCCCAUCCAGCAUGUUUCCCGGGCAUUUGGGGGAACCCACCCAGCAAUGCUUCCCUGGGCAUUUGGGGGUGAACCCAUCCAGCAUGCUUCUCUGGGCAUUUGGGGUGAACCCAUCCAGCAUGUUUCCCUGGGCAUUUGGGGGUGAUCCCAUCCAGCAUGCUUCCCUGGGCAUUUGGGGCUGGAAACUAUUAGUUUUCUAGGUCUGUUCUGUUUGGCAGCCAUGUGAGAGAAAAGGGAGAGUAGACCAGAGAGGGUUACCCGUGUCACCAGGCCUGCGAGAUGAGGAAGGGUCUUGGAGCCAACUACGCUGGGAGUGAAAACCCUCCUGGCGUUACUUAGUUAGCAGGAAAUGGCAGAAAUGGCAGUAGGUGGAAGGUUUUCUGCUUCACAGGGUCUGACACUAACAGCAGAUUGUAGCAGCAAAGUGUCAGAGAAUGAAAGGAAUGUGUCCUGACCAGAAAACAAACGCAAGAUCAAAGACAAAACAAAACCCAAAAAACUAAAACAAAAC